GCAGCUUUCAGUUUAUUGACCAGGUGUACAUGCUGUCGACAGGGUGAGAGACAGUUGCCAAAUAACUCAUUUCAGGAGACGCAUCAACGCGCGCCAGCUGUAACUUCUUGAACUCCGGAUUGUGUGGAUAUCUUAUCAAAGACCGCUUGAGAUGAGUGCCGCCAAGAAGAUGGAGGACGAGGCGGUGUUGGACCGGGGGGCGUCCUUCGUCAAACAUGUCUGCGACGACGAGGAAGUGGAAGGACACCACACCGUGUAUAUUGGUGUACAUGUGCCAAAGAGCUACCGUCGCCGGAGACGCCACCGGCGGAGAGCGACCCACAGGGACAGGAAGGAGAGGUUGACGGAGAACGCCUCUGACAAGUCCGACACGGAAAACAAUGAUGAGGCCAGCAACAACAUCCUCAAACCACUCAUCUCGCCGGCGGCCGAGAGGAUCCGGUUCAUGCUGGGGGAAGAUGACGACGGGCCGGCGUCUCCCCAGCUGUUCACGGAGCUUGACGAGCUGCUGUCUGUGGACGGCCAGGAGAUGGAGUGGAAGGAAACUGCCAGGUGGAUCAAAUUUGAAGAGAAAGUGGAGAAGGGCGGCGAGCGCUGGAGUAAACCGCACGUGGCCACGUUGUCCUUACACAGUUUGUUUGAGCUGAGGACUUGUAUAGAGAAAGGCACCAUAAUGCUGGAUCUAGAAGCUUCCACUCUGCCUCAGGUUGUAGAGAUGAUCACCAACAGUCAGAUUGAGAGCGGGCUGCUGAAUGCAGAACUGAAGGACAAGGUGGUUUACACGUUGCUCCGCAAGCACCGCCACCAGACCAAGAAGUCGAAUCUACGCUCGCUGGCUGACAUCGGAAAGACGGUGUCCAGUGCAAGUAGGCUGUUUUCCAACAUGGAUAAUGGUAGUCCUACGCCCUCCCAUCGGAACAUGAACUCCAGCAGCUUGAAUGACAUCUCUGACAAACCUGAGAAGGAUCAGUUGAGGAACAAGUUCAUGAAGAAGUUGCCCAGAGACGCGGAGGCCUCAAACGUGUUAGUGGGGGAAGUGGACUUCCUGGAUGCCCCGUUUGUGGCGUUUGUGCGUCUGCAGCAGGCUGUGAUGCUGGGCGCCCUGACAGAGGUCCCUGUUCCCACCAGGUUUUUGUUCAUCCUUCUUGGACCCAAAGGGAAAGCAAAGUCAUAUCACGAGAUCGGGAGAGCCAUUGCUACACUCAUGUCAGAUGAGGUCUUCCACGAUAUUGCAUACAAGGCCAAGGACAGACAAGAUCUUCUGGCGGGCAUUGAUGAGUUUCUUGAUGAGGUCAUCGUCCUGCCUCCUGGAGAGUGGGACCCUGCCAUCAGGAUCGAGCCCCCAAAGUCUCUCCCAUCCUCAGAGAAAAGAAAGAACAUGUAUGCUACGGGCGACAAUUCCCAGAUGAACGGAGACACGCCUUACGAUGGAGGUCCUGGAGGGGGAGGAGGACAUGCUGUUGGUGACGAACUGCAAAAGACGGGCAGGUUGUUUGGAGGCCUCAUGCUGGAUAUUAAGAGGAAAGCACCGUUUUUUGCAAGUGAUUUUUACGAUGUUUUUCACAUCCAGGCCCUGUCAGCCAUUUUGUUUAUUUACCUGGGAACUGUGACAAAUGCCAUCACGUUUGGUGGUUUGCUCGGGGAUGCUACAGACAACAUGCAGGGUGUGUUGGAGAGCUUCCUUGGCACUGCUGUCUCCGGUGGUGUCUUCUGCCUGCUGGCUGGCCAGCCACUCACCAUCCUCAGCAGUACUGGGCCUGUACUGGUCUUUGAACGGCUGCUAUUCAAUUUCAGCAGGGAAAAUGAAUUUGACUAUCUGGAGUUCCGCUUGUGGAUUGGCCUGUGGUCAGCCUUCUUCUGUCUGGUCCUGGUGGCGACCGACGCCAGCUACUUAGUGCAGUAUUUCACCCGCUUCACUGAGGAAGGCUUCUCGUGUCUCAUCAGUUUCAUCUUCAUCUAUGAUGCUUUCAAAAAGAUGCUGAAGCUGUGCAAUUACUACCCCAUCAACCCUGACUAUAAGAUCGACUACGUCACCCAAUAUGACUGCCUCUGCAUGGCUCCGACGAUCCUGGAAAACAGCACUGAAGUUCUGGGUGAUCCUCUGGAUGGCACUUCUGUCUGGUACUUUAACAACACAGACCUACCUUUGAAUGCCACGUGGUCAUCGCUGUCCAAGAAAGAGUGUCUGAAGUAUGGAGGGGAACUGGUGGGCCAGGCCUGCGACUUUGUCCCUGACAUCGCCCUCAUGUCCUUCAUCUUGUUCUUUGGUACCUACACAUGCUCCAUGUGUCUCAAAAAGUUCAAGUUCAGCCCAUUUUUCCCAACCACUGUGAGAAAACUCAUCAGUGACUUUGCCAUUAUCUUGGCCAUCUUGAUUUUCUGUGGCGUAGAUGCACUAGUAGGAGUGGACACCCCCAAACUCAUUGUGCCAACUGAAUUCAAGCCGACGAGCUCCAAGAGGGGCUGGUUCGUGCCUCCCUUUGGAGGUAACCCCUGGUGGGUGUACCUCGCGUCUGCACUACCUGCCUUGCUGGUCACCAUCCUGCUGUUUAUGGAUCAGCAGAUCACCGCCGUCAUCGUCAACAGGAAGGAGCACAAGCUGAAGAAAGGUGCGGGUUAUCACCUGGACCUCUUCUGGGUGGCGGUCCUCAUGGUGGUCUGCUCCUUCAUGGGCUUGCCAUGGUACGUGGCUGCUACCGUAAUUUCCAUCGCACACAUCGACAGCUUGAAGAUGGAGACGGAGACUUCUGCCCCGGGAGAGCAGCCCAAGUUUCUGGGCGUGAGAGAGCAACGAGUAACUGGUGUGUGCGUUUUCAUUCUGACUGGACUGUCUGUCCUCAUGUCUCCUAUACUCAAGUUCAUUCCCAUGCCUGUGUUGUAUGGAGUCUUCCUCUACAUGGGAGUGGCUUCCCUCAACGGUGUGCAGUUCAUGGAUCGUCUUCAGCUGCUCCUCAUGCCAGCGAAGCACCAGCCUGACCUGGUGUACCUGCGCCACGUGCCCCUGAGGAAGGUCCACCUCUUCACCUUCAUCCAGGUGCUCUGUCUGGCUCUGCUCUGGAUCCUCAAGUCCACAGUGGCUGCCAUCAUCUUCCCAGUCAUGAUCCUUGCGCUGGUAGCUGUGAGGAAGUUCAUGGACUACAUGUUCUCCCAGCACGAGCUCAGCUUCCUGGAUGACAUCAUCCCAGAGAAGGACAAGAAGAAGAAGGAGGAUGAGAAAAGGAAGAAGAAGAAGAAGAGGGGGAGCAUUGACAGUGACAUUGAUGAUUCUGACUACCCUUACAAUGAGAAUGUACCCAGCAUUAAAAUCCCCAUGGACAUAAUGGAGCAAGAGCCCUUCUUAGGCGAUAAGGCCUCCGACAGAGACAAGUCCCCAUCAUGCCAACACCACUCUUCGUGCUGAGCAGCUUCGCUACUACCAGGACAACUGCUUGUCAAGCCCUGAAAUGAGUCCACUCAAAUCUGUGCCUCAGAUUAGAAUAGACAUCGACCCAGAUGACAACGGCUACUACUGGAAGAGCCACGGGUCAGAGACGUCCCUUUAGACAUCACGCUGCCUCCCACUAGCCUUGCCCGUCCUCACACACACGCUUACAAGACCUAGAAUACUCACACUUAAGUUUUCUUUUCCUCUAAUUACAUAUCUCACUUUUACACAAAACCUAACCAAACUGUCAAGUUAAAGUUCAAGAAAUGGGAUGCAGGCGCAAACGGAAUGAACCCAUCAAAGAGAUCAGAUAACUUAAUUUUCUAUAGACUUUUGUUUUGUCUAUUGGUGGGGUGUGUCUUAUAUACUUGAGCAUUGAUGUGUCUGAGAGGUGAUUUCCUUACUACUGUUCUAUGCAAUGCUUAUUCCAUCUUGAUUGAUAGAUAUGCUGCAGCUUUUUAUGACCACACAGGGAGUCCCUUCCUGAUCUGUUUUGUAUUGCUCUUUGACUUUUUAUAUGUAAAAAGUACAAUGUAAAAGGAACCUGUACUGACUGUAAUCAAUUUCAAAUUGUAGCAGGAGAGAAUAUUUGGAUUUCACUUUUCUUUGUAGCUCUACCUCUUGUUUUAAGUUCAAGGCAUUAUAUAAAACAAAUGCCAUGAGUUGAUUUUGGAUGCAGCAUGACAUUUUAAUGUGUUGAUCUCUCCAUUUUGUUCAUUUAGGGCAAUGGUUCAAGAAAUAUAUAUUACUGUACUUGAUUUAAAAAAUAGAAAAGUAACAAUUUAUUGUAAUUUAAUUCAUGUUUAAACAAUAUUUGGUCUUUGAUUAUUUUAUAUUUUUCAUUGCAGUUAUUGUAACUCAUGGUUAAUGUUCUCAUGUUUGUUUAAAAUGUGUUCAACUAACUUGACACAGUGCAUGUAAUCUGGAAAAAUAAUUCCACGGUUGUAUUUUUCUCCCCUUUCCUUACUUCCUGAUUUUUCUUACUUCCUGCUCGUUGUGUUCAGCUUUGUGUCUUUAAGCAUGUAGAACAUUCCACCAGAUAACUAUUUGUUUUCUUAAGCCAAACUUGGAUCAAACUACGAUACAUAUCAAACAACUGCUUGCACUGCACACAAUCAAUUUACCUAAGUGGCUUAACGGAGAGGGAUCCAAUCAUUGCAAUCAAAUAAUCUCAAAAGGGAACAAAACUAAAUGAAUGUCAACCCUUGAAACCGGAGAGUUGGGCUUCUUCAGCCUACAGAGCAUCUCACAGUUCCCAUUUAACUGGCACUGAGGAGACAGACCACGUGCAGAAUUUGGAACAAAGUACAGCUGUUCUCCUUGGCAUUGAAACUAAUUUCAAUGCAAAGAAGUGAAGAAGUGCAGGUACCUGUGUUUCAGCCCUUUCAUUCCAUGGUGCGUGCCGAUUCGGCCACUUCUGGACCCCCAGAUAUAGUCUGCACGUACACUUUGGCCAGCCACCGAGUUAAGCCAUGCAUGUCCCUGUUAUGGGAUACAAAAAAACAAAAAGAUUUUGUUUGCCAUCUGGAAUUUUGGGUUGACUAUUGAUGGUCAGUAUUGCUCAGUGAGUGCCAACAUGACUUCUGUGGCAACAUAUUUAAUAACAUAUGUCAAUCCUGAAGAGCAUAUUAACUCCUUAUGUUUUAUGUCUCUGCGUGACCAUUUAACCUUUUUCUUUCUUUGGAUGUCCUGUAUAUAAAGUAAUAUUGGAACACAAGAUGCAAGAUAUUAUUUCUUAUCACACAGUGUUUUAUCUGUCUCAUAUCAAUAGAUCAGCACAAAAUAAUUUAUACAGUUUGAAAAUCAGUAUUAUAACCAUUGAGUGUGGAUAUAAGUGUAACUUAUGUCUGGGACAUACCUAGUUGAAAUAGACAUUGUAUACAGUAAUAUACAGUAAGCAUGUUGGACUAUUUCUAUAACAUGUAAGUACAUUAAAGUUUAAUUAUGGUGUGUUGAAUACUGAUACAAUUGGAAUUGUGAAAUGAUUUAUUUUAGACUUUCUAUUUUUCAAAUGAAAUGUAUAUUAAAAACGAACUGAAUUAAUCAAAUGUACAUUGUAUCUUGUCCAUCCCUCUUCUGUUUAAACUUGUAGUAGA